GUGUGUUCCUACUGUUCUCCAUUUGCAACAAGUUCCGGACUUACAAAUUUACUCUUAAAGAUCAACUUAUUGUUAUCUACAGUGGGCUAAGAGGAGCCAGCAGCUUCUCCCUUGCAUUUUUGCUUCCUACAACUCUCUUCCCCAGAAAGAAGAUGUUUAUCACCUCUACUAUUGUGGUGAUAUAUUUUACUGUUUUCAUUCAGGGAAUCACCAUUAGACCACUGGUAAAAUACCUAGACGUUAAGAAGACCAAUAAAAAAGAAUCAAUCAAUGAAGAAAUUCAUGUGCGAUUGAUGGAUCAUUUAAAAGCUGGAAUUGAAGAUAUAUGUGGACACUGGAGUCAUUAUCAACUGAGAGACAAAUUUAAGAAGUUUGACAAUACUUACCUAAAGAAGAUCCUACUGCACAAACAUCAGCCUAAAUCCAGUCUUGUUUCUUUGUACAAGAAACUGGAAAUCAAACAAGUCAUUGAAAUGGUAGAAAGUGGGGCCAUGACACCUAAGACUUCCAAAUCAUCAUCUCUGAGGUACAGGAAUCAAAGAACCCAGAAACUUUCUCCUAAAGAUGUGGAAUCCAUGCAGAAUAUGCUGGCACAUAAUUUGUAUCAAGUGAGGCAAAGGACGCUAUCGUACAACAGAUACAACCUUGCCCCAGAAACAAGGGAAGAGCAGGCCAAGGAAAUCCUCAUCCGACGUCAACGCAGCAUGCGGCAGACCACGAGGAAAGGUUACAGCUUACCAUGGGGAGGGCAGGCUGCUAUUAAAAACCUGCGUUAUUUGUCCCUACCUUUUGGUAAUUCUCAACCAAUUAGAGGAGCAACUAGGACUGAUGAUGAUGAUCCAACAGGGUAUGGUAGCAGUGACUCUGAGUCUGUCUUCAUGAUGCAUAAUUCAGAGACUGGACCAAGGUCACCUCUGAGGAAACACCAGCAGCAGGAGGAAUUCCUCCCAAUGGAGCAGAUAUAUUCACGAACUAAACCAGCCAGUUUUACCAGGCAGAAAAGAACAAAUCAACAGGAUAAACGAGCCAGAAUACAAAAACCACUCUUAGCCCCAAAGUCUCAACUUAAUGCAGUGCUUGAAACUGAUACUCAGGAACUUGAGUCAGAAGAUGAGGUCAACAGGGCCCCAUGCCCUACGGCACCUGUUGUUGUAUGGACAGCAGAAACCAAAGGCAAAGACCAUGCUUAUCAGUCCAAAAGAUACUUCACCCAAAGAAAAAAGUGAAUCCCCGUCUUUGCUGCACACCAUGAUGACAAUUUGCAUUUCAAACAUUUCAGAAAUUGUUGGCAAUUUCUAACUGGAAAAUUUCUGUACUCUAAGAUGUUCUAGGCAAAAUAAAAGUUUUAAAUCUGGAUUGCCUGUAAUGCGCCCCUUGCUAUCUUAAAUAGGUUGUUUUCAGUAAAAACAACUAACUAUAAUAUUAUGUUCAAAUAUAUAUUCCAAGUUCCAGAACAUAUUCUUCUCUUUAAAAAGAGGCUUUUUCCUUCUUCUACCUUAUCUCAGAUGCAUAGAUAUAAUCCUUUUUAAAUCUUAGGAAAAGUGUUUUUUGAGCUUAUGGUAUUAUUGUGGAUUGGUGGGUGAUACUGGUAAUAUUAUAUCAGUUACACAUCCUCUGCACUCUUUCUGACCACUAUACUUAGUACUUUGGAAAGCCCUAGUGAAAGAAAGUCAUGAAGUCUUUGCUUUAUCACAGAAUACACAUAUAUACAUACACACACUUCUUGUAAAUAAAGUAAGUGCAAGAGACCCACUGAAUUCAUUAGAAGUUCACAUUUUUUCCUUUGAGGGGUAGGGGAAAUAAACGUAUGGUAGUCCCUGGAUUAAGAACACCCGGUUUAAGGAUGACCCAUAGUUAAGAAUGAAGCCUAUUGUAGC